UUGGAAGGAUCACCAGGACAUGGAAGCUCAAGAUCAAGAAGUCAUGGGACCCAACGACCUAUCACAUAUCGUUAAGGGGAAACGCACCAAACGGCAAAGGGCACCUUCCCCUCUUGCUUUAGCCAUGAACAAUACCACAAGCUCGUCCAGCGCAGGUGGUGGUGGUGGAGGAGGAGAAGAUGAUUGUAAUUUCCCGUCUCCGACGACGAGCUCUACGGAAUUACAAUUCGCAGGUCAUGAGAGUACGGAAGAAGAAGAGGAUAUGGCUAAUUGCCUAAUUCUCCUGGCCCAGGGUCAUGGCCGUGAAAGUCAAAAACGAAUUGAAGUCAGUACCGGUGGUGGUGGUGGUAGUGGUGGCGGAGAAAGAUUUAGUAGCCGAAGAUUUGCGGAGGCGGCAACAACCACUGGUGGAAAAGCAGGUUUUUAUGUAUAUGAGUGCAAGACUUGCAAUCGUUGUUUCCCUUCAUUUCAAGCUCUUGGAGGACAUAGAGCUAGUCAUAAGAAACCUAAAGCUAUGAUGGAAGAGAAUAAGAAAGCAUCAGCAUCAUCACUAGUCUUAUCUCCCGAAGAAGAUGAAUCUCAAUUCAAUACAAAUAGCCCUCCUCUCCAUCCCCAUAUGCUCAACAGUUUCAACAACAACAACAACAACAACAACAACAACAGAGGCAUUUAUAGUAACAAUACCAGCAACAACAACAACAACAAUAACAAGUCAAGAGUCCAUGAGUGCUCCAUAUGUGGUUCUGAAUUCUCUUCUGGCCAAGCCUUGGGAGGUCACAUGAGACGACAUAGAAGCGUUGCUGGGCCAACAACAACGAUGAUGACGACGACGAUGACGCCGGCGUCUGAAUCACCUGACGAUGAGGAAACCCAUAAGCCAAGAAAUGUGUUGGAGUUGGAUCUUAACCUUCCGGCGCCAUCGGAAGACGAUCACCAUCAUUCCGAAUCCAAAUUCACUUUCACUUCAAAACAACAACAACAACAACAACAACAACAGCAACAAACACCACCACCUGCUCUUGUCUUCUCUGCAUCUGCUUUGGUAGAUUGCCAUUACUAGCAUUGAUCUGGGAACCGGAUCAUCAUUGUGAAUUACAGUAAUUUUACCAGGCAUUAUUAUUAAUUUUUUUCAUUUAAAUUUUUUUAUAUGAUUCAA